UGACAAGCUGUAUGUUUCUUUGCUCCAAGUCGCUGUCUCCAAAUCCAUGCGCCACAAUUUUGAAUUCCUUUUCCUCCUCUUGAACCACUUCGAACCCUAAUCUCACUCAUCGAAGAACAUUUCUCGUCUCGCAGAUCCGCCACUCUAAUAGACGUCUUGUCGACAAUUUAAAGCAUGGAGGACGUUCCUCUUAUUGAAAUUUCGUCGGUGGAUGAUCUCCUUAUACCAGUUUCUUUGCAGGAAUUAGGGAUUAAUAUUGGUAGUACAGUGGAAGCAGAAAAAAUAGAGAAGGCGAGAAAGUGUUUGGAAGAAGUACCUCACCUUUCAGAUUCCCCAGAGAAAAACCAGAAAGUUUCUGAUAGAUAUAACUUGCGCAAAAGUUUAGCCUGGGAUAGUGCUUUUUUCACCGGUGAAGGUAUUCUCAAUGCUGAAGAGUUAGCAACCAUGAAUAACACACAUAGCAAAGCUGGAAUCACUUUACCUGGAAUUCAAGAAUUGAGAAGAUCAUCAGAAUCAACUUCUACUUUAGAGGGUGAUAGCUGGGCAUUGGAACACCUUGAAGUGAAUUUGUUUGAGAAUGUUCGAGAUUCAAUACAAAGGUCUUUGGGAAGCUCUAAUCUUACCACAAAUAUGGUGCAUUAUGACAAGAUUGAAGUACAAAAAAAGUCAGAUGCUCCAAAUGCUACUACCCUGAAGAAAAUUGAUGAUUCAUCUGAGAUCAAGUUCAAACCCUCAACUGCAUUGAGAAGGCAUGAUACCACCAGGCAAUGUCAGGAGCAUACUUCUAAGGGUGGUCUGGUUUGUAUGAACUUGCCUUCACAUGGAAAUGUGGAAUCAAAGCCUUUACUCAGACCGCCAAAGGUUUCAUCUAAAACCAUUCCUAUGCCAGCAUCAGUGCCUGGCAAGAAAGCUUCUAUUGAGGUCAAAAAGAUAAAAGGUGCUACCGCUAAGCAACAAUCCAUUGUAGCUUGCAAUAAAGAAAAUGGGGUUCCAGGCAUAGCUCCUAGGACAACUCUAUUAACAAAACCUAAUUCGGGUUCUCGAACUGGUUUGCUCCUUACAGCAACUUUAGGCGCAUCAUCCGGUAGUCUAGCCACCAGGUCAUCUGAUUCUAGAAGUGUUUCUUCUCUAGCAACCGUCCAAAAAACAAGUGCUAAUAGAGUUAAUGGUCAUUCUUCUUCAAGGACCAGUAAAACUGCUCUGAGUAUUAGUAUAAAUGGACGCACAUUAGAGAAUCAUCAUCAAAAUUUGGCUAAAUCUUCAUUAUUUCUAUCAAAGAUUUCUCCCGCUAGUUCUAUAGACAGUUUUGUUUCAGAUUCUUCAUCUUCAAUUUCCACUUCUACGAAAUAUGACAAAUCAUUAGAAGGCUCUGAUGCUGGGUCUUCAUCUUCAGUAGCAUUUUCAUCUAGUCUUGGUGCCUUCCAAAACUCAGGUUCACUCUCUCAGUCAUUUACUGGCCAUCGAACUAAAAGCUUCAUAAAUGCUGAUUGUGGCUCAAGACACGCCGGACCGUCAGGUCUCCGGAUGCCAAGGCCAACAAUUGGUUACUUUGAUAAGGAGAAAACUCUAGUCCGUGCUUCAAACAAAGCUCCAAAAGCAAGCCUGCAGAAUAAUUUGAUGAAGAAUGCUAGCUUUAGUCAUACUGGUGCAACAAACAAAGUGAAACCCGUCGAUCUUCCCACUGUUAGAGAUAGCGGACUGACUUCUUUGUCAAAGCAGAUUUCAAAAUCCGUCAAAGAAAAUUCUUUUACGAAGAUUGAAAAUCAUAAAAAACCAUGCCCCAAAGUAAACAAGAUUUGUUCAGAAACUGUUGAACCGAACCACAAAAUAAAUUUCAGGAAUGAAGAAAUGCCUACUGAUUCGUGUAUCCUGAUAAAUAAAGCGGAACCAAAUCUGCUUCAUCCUGAUGUUUUUGCAAGGGAAAAUGAAACUGAAAUGAGUGGAGAACAAAAGCUUCAUUAUCAAUCAUGUAGAACACUCGAUCAGCUGGAGAAAGUGAAGAAUGGCCUAAAGGAUUCUGAUAGAGAAAUAGAGAAAGAGAACGUAUGCCAUGAUUUGAAGACUGAAGACCCAAGCAAAAUGCAGAGGAUGGAAGCUGUAAUUGGGGGAGAUGCCCUCUCUUUCACUUUCUGAGGCAAAAGCUAUUAUGUUCAAUAAGACCGCAGCAUUGAUCAGGUUUGGACAUGUUAUUAAUGGUUCAAAUAACUGUAAUUUUAGAAACUUAUGAAGCUGCUCGACUCAGCUCAAGAACAUAUUUUGGUGCGUUGGCAAUUGCAUACCUUUCCAUGCGGGAUAGCAUGAGAGAAAGAAACAUUCCCAUUCA